AUGUCUCUAUCAAAACAAUCAAUUCAAUCAUAUUAUAUGGAAUUUUUACGUUGUGCUAAAUGUUCACAUGAUUUUCAAUAUGAAAAUCCAUUAUAUUAUCCAAUAACAUUACCUAUAUGUGGUCAUACAAUGUGUAAACAAUGUAUUAAUAUAAUACGUAAUGAAACAAAAUGUCCACAAGAUCAAAUUUCAUUUGAAAUAAAUCAUACACCAAUUGAUCAAUUACCAAUAAAUUAUCCAUUAUUAAUGAUUUUUUAUGAUUCAUCAAAUUUACCAAAAGAUAAAGAACAACGUCAUGGUCAAUGUCCAUCUUAUAUGAAACUUGAUAUAAUAACAAAAUUAGACUUUGGAACUAUAGAAAAAUUUAUUGGUGAAAUAUCACUUAUGUUUAAACGAAUAAUUAAUGAUAGAGGAUGUCAAUUAAUAUUCAGUCGUUCAACAAUACGAAAAAUAUUUAAUUUAUUAAAUUUUCAAUUUAUUGAUUGUAAAAAUCAGUUAAAAAUUCUGAAAGCAAUAAAUAAUCUUGCUAAAUAUAUAUCAAUUGAUUUUAUUGUUCAUUAUCAAGAUCAUCAACAAUUAAUUCAAUAUAUUCAAUCAACUAUUGGUCUACGAUUUGAACAAAUUGUUCAGCCAGAUAUGAUAGAAAAAAUCUUAAAAGUAAUAACAUUAGUUAAUGAAAAACGUCCAGCAUCAUCAGAAAAGAAUUUAGUACACGUGGUUUUACAUGAAAUUUGUGGUAAUAAUCCAUAUAGUAUUAUAGAAAAUGUUCAAUUUAUUGUUGGUGUACUUUCAAAGGCAUGUUGUUUUGACAAAAAACAAAAUGGUAAAUUAUGGUCAUCAUUAUACGUCAAAUCUAAAUAUGAAAAUUACGAAAAUCUUCGUGAAGUUUUUGAUUCUACAUUUAUUCGUAUGAUUAUAGAAAAAGGAUUCAUCAUGUCAUCAGAACAAUUGUCAUCAUUAUUAUAUGGUGAUAUAAAAUUUGAAGUAGCAAUUAAUACGAUAAUUAAAAAAUUUUUAACAUCUGAUACAUGUACAAUAUUUAUUCAAAAACUUUUACAAAUGUUAAUAAUAGCUGGUGUUGAACAAAACGAUUUAUUAAAGUUUGAAACAAAUUUUAAAUAUUUAUUAAAAAUUGAUUUAAAUAUAAAUAAUAAUAAUAAUAAAGAUAAUCGUUCAUCAUGGUUGAAUAUUGCAUUUGUAAUCCAGCAAUUUCGUGAAGGCUUAGAAUGCUUACCUUAUUUUAAUCAGUAA